GGGAACUCUCCGUAACCAGCUGGAUCUCAGUGUGAUUCUAGCCUCUCUUCACAAACAUUUCCUUUCCUUUUUUUUCCCACAUUUCUCCCUCAAUCAAUUUCUCGGCUGUCGAGUCAGAGGUGAUAUUUAUCUCGGUGCUCGUGAGCGGAGGGGAUACAACAGAAGUUGUAACAUUGCUCUUAAUCUCGCCACGCUGGAUUGGUUUGUUUCCUGUUGACAGUACUACUUUAACAGUGGUGGGAGUUGUGUGUUAGUGGACUGACUCGUUUGUUUCUUUUUCUAUUUCACAAUGGCUGGAUCUGGACAUUUUCAAGAUAUGUUUCACUUCUCAGAUCCUCUUCUGGACCUUUUAAUAAGGCGAGAAAUCUGUGCCGUCAGUGUGAAGUUUGGUGGACCAGAGUGAGAGUGAAGCGAUGGCUGGCGGACGGGGAAACGUGACGGAGUGUUGAAUCUUUCAGCCCCAACAGACAGUCGAGCCCCCAUCUCUCUCCCAUCUAUUCAGAGAUGACCACAGUGUCCAUGGAGCCACUAGCAGUGCUGGUGGAGAGGGCCCCCAAUGCCACCGACGCCCCUUCGAACAUACCCACCUCCCACCAAGAUUCAGCUGCCACCUUCACCAUCGGCACAAUACUUUCCAUCAUGUGUCUGGUUGGCGUCUCCGGGAACAUCUACACCCUGGUGGUCAUGUGCCACUCCAAGAUGACAGCAGCCUCCAUGUACAUCUACAUCAUCAAUCUGGCUCUGGCAGACCUGUUGUAUCUACUCACCAUCCCCUUUGUAGUCUGCACGCACUUCCUCAAGGGCUGGUAUUUUGGAGAUGCAGGUUGUCGGAUUCUGAUCAGUAUGGAUUUCCUGACCAUGCACGCCAGUAUCUUCACGCUGACCGUCAUGAGCACUGAGCGCUACUUUGCCGUGCUCAAGCCCCUUGACACGGUCAAGCGGUCAAAGAGCUACCGCAAGGCCAUCGCUCUGCUCGUGUGGGCCGCUUCUUUCAUCCUCACCUUACCGAUGAUUGUGAGUAUUCAGCUGAUGACGGUUGGCAACAAGGCUAUGUGCCAGCCUACGCUGCCGCCACUCUCCUACAAGGUUUAUAUCUCCUUCCUGUUUUGCACUAGUAUUGUAGCUCCAGGCCUGAUUAUUGGCUAUCUCUACAUCCAGCUUGCACGAACAUAUUGGAUUUCACAGACGAAGACCUUCAAACAAAUCAAGAAACUGCCUAAUCAAAAGGUGCUGUACCUGAUCUUCACCAUCGUGCUGCUUUUCUGGGCCUGCUUUCUGCCCUUCUGGAUCUGGCAGCUGCUGGGCCAGUUUUCUCCCACGCUGGCCCUCUCCAUCAAAGCCAAACGCAACAUCAACUACCUGACCACUUGUCUGACCUACUCCAACAGCUGCAUCAACCCUUUCCUCUACACGCUGCUCACCAAGAAUUACAAAGAUUACCUGAGGAAGCGUCAGCGCACCUGGACCGCCGGCAGCUACCUCAACAGGAGGAACCGCUUUCAGCGCUCACCGCGUAGGUCGCCGUCGUCCAGCAGCCAGCAGUGCACCGAGAGCUUUGUUCUCACGCGUACUGCAUCCCUACGCGCCCAGAACAGCAGCAUCUGAGGUAGGAGCACCCUGUCAUGAUGGACAUUACUGUUGGUCUUUGGUGGCGAAAGUAACACGACACUAAAUCCUUCUCAGCCCUGAGAUCAUUGCCGUUCAUCUUUCCAUCUCUGCUGUGACGUUUUACCAGACAGCAGCCUGUGUGGCACUGCCUGGCCGUUCUGGGGGCUGGCUUGACAUCUUGGAUUUAAUUUUGGCUCGUGAGAGCUUGCUACCGUAGCGCGAUCUAGGCCUCGGGGAUUUCUGUCUGGUCUAUCAAAGUGGUGUUUCCCAAACAUGUCUGUCAGUAUGGAAUGGCCGGAUUUCCUGGUGCGUGGUGGAAACAUGGCCACGUGGGACAAGGGUUGUCUCUGGUUGUUUGUGGAUGGUGGAUGGAGCCAAGGGCAAACUGUUGAGAACACUCCUCCUCAAAAAAAUAAACUUUCUUUGACCUUUUUUUUCCCAAAUACCUGCUCAGAUCAUCCUCUAAAAUGGUUGAGCCAUUGGUUCUCGUCUCUUCAGUCUCUUCAAGCCCCAACCCAUAAUUGCGUUUGGAACUCCAUUACUCAGCUGAUGGCUUUUCCUCAGUUGAUUUGGAAGAACCUUUUUCCAGCCGCAUGCUGACAGAAGUUACAGCGAAGCAACCGGGUGUAUGUGGUCGCAAAACUUGAACUGUCAGUUGUGUCUUGUGUAAGUGUGCAGAAGGUUAAACUGUACAAAGCUUGUGUAUAGAGAUCAUUUCGGCAAUGGAAGAAUUGAAGUCAUGUAUUUAGACCAAUAUUUAAAUUAUUACAUUAUCCUGCAACAACUCAAAUAUGGACGGAAACGCCAUUGCACACAUCAGUGUCAAUGCAUCAAACAUGCUUGCAAAUUGGCCACCAUUUAACCGCAAGUCUUGCUUAAAGUACACAUAAGACACAUCAGUUUUGCCAGUCAUUUCUCUGUACGCUCCAAGUCUACUUUCUUGGGCCCACGAGUGUCAGUGAAGCAUCGAAAUACGCUUGUACAUGUUACCUAACAUCAGCGGAUAACACAUGUAGACGUUAGCUGCCUUAACCUUUACCCAUUAUCCAGUACAUUUUACGUGAAAGUGAAUAUUUCACAUUAUCUCUUCGAAGUCGAUAAAAUUCAGUUUCCCAGGACAAGCAGCUGCUACAUAUUAACCAUUUUUCCUUCCGCACAGAUUCAUCUGUAACUUGGUUUGCUUUCUGGCCUGUCAGCUCUGCACCCAUAUAUGGAAAAAUAUAUGUAACAUUAUCUCUUGGAUCGAAACCUGAUUUAACUGAAGUACAAAAAACAACAUUGUAAUAAUCCAAAUCCUUGCUGCUGUCUCGCAGCUGUCUGCAUGCGCAAGGCUGCUGGAAAUUAGAGCCGUUGGAGACCACCGCGGCCGAACAGAGCCGGCGUGAGACCACCGCGGCCGAACAGAGCCGGCGUGAGACCGCCGCGGUCGAACAGAGCCGGCGUGAGACCGCCCCGGCCGAACAGAACGCACAGCCGGGCACUCACCUUGUCUUUUCACCUACAUAUCCUAUAUAGGCAGAACUCCUGGUCAGAUUCUACCCCGACUAUCGGUCAAGGUAGAAUGGACCCCCCCCCCCAUUGCUGCCAUUCAUAGAAUCGGCACCACUUCUUCCCCUUCCAUAGGGAUUGAUAUUUAUAUGGAAAUAUUUUCGUUUUCUGGUGUUUUCUGUUUUGUUGUGGGUGUUUCAGCUUUGCGGUGUUUACCGUGUCCUUGUGGGUGUUCUUGGGAUGUAUGGGGGAUGUUGUAGCCAUAGAGAAAUGUUAGCAACAGACACAUGGGAGCUUCUCAUGCAAGAAUGUGCAGGUGGCAUGCUCACACACAUACACAAAGUGGUGACACAUGCGUGUGUGUGUGUGUGUGUGUGUGUGUGUGUGUGUGUGUGUGUGUGUGUGUGUGUGUGUGUGUGUGUGAAUUUGUCUGGUGGACUUUGUCAUGCAUUAUGGCACAAACGCUGGUCUUACAUGUUCCUCGGUAAGGGGACUUGGGGGGAGGUGAGAUGCUGACUGCAGCAGAAGGGAGUGAAGGGUGAAGAACAGGGCAGAGUGAGGGGGGGGAUGGUAGGUCACACAUUCAUGCAUGCAUGGAGGCACACACACACACACACACACACACACACACACACACACACACACACACCACACACAGUUUUAUGACAUUGCUCCCUCCAUAGUGUUUGGGACUGUACAGUAUAUCACACAUGCACAGCGAAGAAGCCAAUGCAUAUAAGUAAUGAGACCAGAGUGAUGUAAAAAUAUCAUUCAGAAAACAGCAUCAGUAAUAAAAGAAAAUGAUUAUGGUGUAUUGCAAACCACUAAGUUAUUACAAAAAUAAAUUAUUUGCUGUGUCAUAACCUAGACCGGACUAAAUCUUUUCCUUGAGUAUGUAGCCCGUUCUACCUUUUAUAAUAAAACUAUUUUUUUUAUGUU